CCAUUAAGUCGCCAUCAAUAAUUUUUCCAAUAUUUUUAUCGAUACUGAAUAUUAAUUUAUAACAAAUUAUGAUUUAUUUUAUAGAUUAAUAAAAAAAUUUUACAUAAAUGGCAAUAAAAGAGUUAUUUAUUGAAGUUGAUGGCUAUUUUCUAAUUUGUUAUCCUAAUUGUUCUUUCAUUAUCAAUUUUCGAUAACAUAUUUUUUGCAAAAAGUCAAUUAAAAAAAUUAAAUACAUAAAACACAUAAAUCGUUUUUUGUUAAUCGAUCAUUCCAAGUGUCUAGCACCUGUUCCUCUGAAAAGAUAGUUGGUAUUCCGAUACUGUGCCGUUGAUGUUGCUCAGAAUUUAAGAUAGCAAUGGAAAAUCGCGCGUCUUCAAGUCGAGCUGAAUCUACGCGUGAUAAAUUGGCUUAUCAGACAGACGUAGACUGACACGAUGUAUCUAUUGGGUGAACACGUUCAACAUUGAAUUUGUCGACGUUGCACAUAAAACGUACGUACAGGUGAAUGCGUCAAAGUACAUGAGCCUUACUCCGCCGCGCCGUGUGAAUCAUUCUUUACACCGUAAGACUUCUAUUCUCGCAUAUAAAUUUGAUAAUGAAAACAAAGUUACAUUUACACAAGACCGAGCCGAUUCGUUAAAGGAAGAAAACAAAAAACAAAUGGAAGCGGAAAGUCCCGCGGGAUUUUCGCCAGCGGUGCGUGAGGCUCUCCUGGAAAUCCUGGAGGAAUGUGCAGAUUCACUGGCCGUUUACCAAAAUAUCUUGCGACAGCAAUCCGUGAUAAGGGACAACGCCAAUACUGUUUUCCCCAAUGUUCAGAUUUCGGAAAUGUCUAUUCUACAGACGUUCAGCGGAGGCGCCGCGGAGAUGACGGAUUCACAGAGGGAAGCUGCGCGUGAAAAGCUUCGACGAGACAGUUUAUAUGUAAGCAAUAUAAUACGAGACUUGAAGCAAGAAAUCAACGAACAUGGGACUAUCGAUAUAUUAAUUAAAGAGAUCGACAAGAUAACGUCGCGAAAAGAACAGGAGCAUCUUGUGAUAGAAGAGAAUGAAAGAAUGCAAACGAUUGUGGCAGAGUUACGAAAAGCGAUUGCCGAUAAGAAAGCAGCGAACGAGAGAGAGGAGGAGCGCUUAACGAAGAAGCUCACUUUGACACGGGACGAGAAGGAGAGGCUAAAACUAAUUAAGGACGUGGAGAUGAAAUAUGUCCGAGUGUGGGAAGCGGCACGUCGCGAGCAGUACGUCCUGCGUCACGAGUUGAAGAUGGACGAAUUGAAAAAGACUUUGAAUGAUUAUUGCGUGCGUGAGAGAAAUGAAAAUCGCGUGAAUGAUGUAUUGACGCGUUAUCUGAUGCGGCGUAUAGCGCUCAUCGAGAACCGAAUCGAGCAAUGGCGGCAGAGGUACGAUCGGGAGAAGGAAAUGUAUGAGGGGAAGAUCCGCAGAGUACGCAAUGUGAUCGAAGACGCUCGGAAAUACUUAGUGGAACUUACAACGGAGUACCGCAAUAACCAGGAAUUCAUCGACACGUACCUCGCAGAGCAGGAGGCGCUCCGAAGACAAAAGGAGCACGAGGAUCAUGUGCAGCGUAGCGCAAUCAAGAUGCAAGCCUGGUGGCGUGGCGUGAUGGUGCGCCGGAAGCUGGGGCCGUAUCGACCUGAAGAAAAAAAGAAGAAAAAGUCCGUUAAGACGAAGAAAUAACUCUGCCUCCUUCCGCCCGCUCAAAUUACUCUUAAAUGUACCGCAUCCGAUUCUAAUUCGUUCAAUCUAACCGAGCGAAACCACUAUUAAUCUAUCAGCGAUUUAACCGAGGCUACGGUUGCCUUUAACUGAUUUACUACCCUGGUAAUUUUAAUCGCAAAAGCAUGAGCGAGAAUCUAAAAAAGCGCAAUGUCAAAAUUUAUCAGGAAUUUCUGCCAAAACUAAACAAGUCCAAAAAGUUGAAUUUACAAAAAGUUAAAAAAUUUUCAUUUUUACUAUUUGUUGUAUAAGUAAUUUUUUCGUUGGACAUAUAAUUGAUGCAAGAAUAAAAUUGUGAAUUUUAAUAUUUUAAAGAUUUAAAAAAGAAAUUCAUUCAAAAGAAAAAGAUUAUCUGGACUUGUUUGGUCCUUAGGAUAAUUUUAUAUUUAUAAUCUAUUUACACUCCCAAAUAUUUUACAUUUACCUUCUUUAUAAUAUUAACUUAUAAUAAUAAUAAAACAAAAGGUGAUAAAGUAAAUUUUACU